CUUUCGUAGAUUUUGGUUGAUAUCGACGAUUUCGGUGAUAACAAUUUUAGAAUAAAACCUGGGUAGUAUCAGAGUGUGUUCAAGAUGGUGCAACUGGUGGAGUCAGGUCCUGAGAUCCCCGCCUUCUACGCUGGCAGGACUGUCUUCAUUACCGGAGGGUCUGGGUUCAUGGGCAAGGUUCUAGUGGAGAGGCUAUUGACCACAUGUCCAGACAUCAGCCGUGUAUACCUGCUGCUGCGAGAGAAGCGAGGACUCUCCCCGGAGAAGAGGCUUCAGCAGAUAAAACAAUGCCAGAUUUUUGACGUACUCCGGGUCAAGUGCCCUCGUCAGUUGGACAAGGUGGAUGUAAUCGGUGGGGAUGUGACCUCACCCUCUUUGGGGAUAACUCCGGCUGCCCGGGCGAAGUUGAGGCAGGUGUCGGUAGUAUUCCACUCCGCGGCGACGGUGAAGUUGCAGGGUGAGCUGAAGCAGUCGGUUGACCAGAACCUGCGCUCCGUGAUGAGUCUGAUGGACCUGUGUGACACACUGCCUAACUUGAAGGUUUUCAUGCACAUAUCGACAGCAUACUGCAACGCUGAGCUUCCUCACAUUGAGGAGAAGGUGUACCCCCCUCCGAUGGACCUGGACACCUUGCUUCGACUGGUGGAGACACAAGACAUCGGAAUCGAGGAGACCAGGAGGUUAACAGCAUCGAAACCCAAUACUUAUACAUUUACAAAGGCGAUGGCUGAACACGCUGUGGCGCGGCACGGCUGCGCGAGAUACGCUGUCGCCAUAUUUAGACCCACUAUAGUCAUCUGCUCCCUCGCGCACCCAUUCCCGGGCUGGAUCGAAAACCUGAACGGGCCAAGCGGUGUGAUCGCGGCGGCUAGCAGUGGACUGCUGCGCGUCGUCAGGAGCGCUGCGCACGCGCAGGCCGACAUGUUGCCAGUGGACAUUGCUAUUGACACAAUGCUCGCCGCUGCCUGGGACACUGCCACUAACAGGUCCCCGGAGGUACGUGUGUACAACUGCUCGACGUCGGCUAACCCGACACGGUGGGGGGAUUUCCUGUCCAUCAUCAACCGCUGCAUGCCGCAGUACCCUGCCUCCAACGCUGUGUUGUAUCCACACCUACACAUUGUUGAGAACAGCUUCAUCUACAAGUCCUUGGAGACAGUUCUGCAGACCAUACCACUACACUUGACUGAGUACAUCAUGAGAAUUCUCUGCAUCAAUUCACGUCGGAACCUAAUAAAAGCAAAUGAGAAGAUGAUUGCCAUGAAUGUCGCUUUGGAAUACUUCGCGGUGAGAGAGUGGCAGUUCGAUACCGCGAAUGUCACCAGGCUCAGGCAGAGGCUCUCUGAGGAGGACAAGAGGAUAAUCAACUUGGACUCACACACUAUCAACUGGGAAGAUUUGGUACUCAACUUCGUGAAGGGUACCAGAAAGUACGUGUUACAGGAGCCUGAGAUGAAUAUUACACGAGCUAGGGAGCGUAUGCGCAAGUUAAACAUGUUUAUCACGCUAGCGAAAAUUCUUGGAGCGCUAUUUUUAUUACGAAUGACGACACGUUUCGUUUCUCUACCAAAUCUGAUGUAUAGUGCAAUAAUGUAUAUGAAGGGAAGUAGUAAAAUGAUUUUGUAAAUAAAAAUAUAUUGGUCUUGAUUCCUGUGAAGUCAAAGUCAUUAACGUGAACGCAAAAAUAUACUGCGGAUGCGGAUGAUAAUUAAUUAUUAAUAUUUUUUUAUAUUAUAUUUUUUAUUAUUUAUUUUUUUAAAUUUAUUAUUAUUAUUUUUUUAUUGUGUCAUAAUAAAGUAAAUACCUAAAUUAAGUUUAUUGGAACGCAAAAAUAUUAUGACGUACAUCUUGAUCUUUGGUCUCUUUUGCAAAUAUCCAGUUAGAAGCCAUAGAGGCAGCCAAUCAGCUCGCGACGCCAAACACUUCAGGACCCCGAUACCGACCCCGCCGGCGUCGUCGACAAUUUCCCUCAACCAGCGCUUAUCGCUAUGGACCCACUAGGGUCCAUUAAUUCUUUCAAAUAUUUUUCCUCUCAGACGACGCCUUGAGCCGAGGUUCGCGCCCAACUGGGCACCCUCAGGCCUGUUGACUUAAACGUUGUACCGGGUGAGAGCCUUCAGCGCUCCCCAUUUGUCCGGCCAAGUAGUUAAUGCUAUCUGCGGCAAAUCUACAAUAAGACACGUCGACACGCGUCGUGUAAAGUACUUACUUUACUAUGAUACCUACUUCACACUUUCAAGGACAGAACGUCUACGGACGUUCCGUUUCCAAGGUGUCAUACUACCUAUUAUGAACCAUCAAUGACCCAUGGGUUCUGUCCGUAAAAGAGUUAAAUAAAUAAUUAAUUAUCAUCAUCAGCUCAAAAUAAGACUUGAAAUGUAUUUUACCUCUUUUAGUUACCGUUUUUAUUAAGUUAUGUUUUAUAUAAAGUUUUUAUGUAAAAUAUUGUUGACGUUAGGAAUUGGUGUCGAUUCGGACAACCACUAUCUUAAUUUGACAGGACUGAAAGUAACACACACACACACACACACACACACACACACACACACACACACACACACACACACACACACACACUUAUUGUAAGUGCAAGAAAAAGAUAGAGCUAUCAGCGCCCAAAAAGUGUGACGCAGUUACUGUUAAUAUAGCGACGUUGACAGUACUUUAUCUCAGUGCGCGGUUAGGUUAGGCGCCGAACUGGCAAGACGGGGAAGUGCGUGGUAAAAACUUGCAAAAAUAGAAGUUCAAAGCGAAAAAAGAAGGAUGGAAUAUUUUAUUUCUAAUAAGUAAUGACAUUGUGCAUGUUAUCAUAGUAUAAACAUUUUAAUUUUCACUGUAAAACCCACCAAAAUUAUUAUUUUAGUUUAAAAUAUACGAAAACAAGUACUCCCGGUCAAUCCGAGUCGCAGUAUAACCCGACCGUGUUACGAAGCACCACGCGCUAAUAUACGUAAUAAGACGAUGCGUACUUUCUUAAUUUGACACGAUUUAUUGAAUGUAUAUACCGCUGUGUACGAAUGUAUAGCUAAACAAGCGCCAAGUUUUCGCCGCAUUUUUGUAUCAAGCGCUGUAUCUACGGUAGUGGUAAAUCAAUGACAGCUGUCAAAGUAAAAUUAGGUUAAGUUUGAGUGCGCCCGAAUAGGCACCAUUGUUUAUUAAAUCAGUGUUAAGUAAUAAUGUUAUGGAAUUAGAAUAAGAUUAUUUUAAAUA